UUCUUGCAUCAUCCCGAAAACCCCUUUUGUCUCUUGUCUCUGAUCAUGUCCACACGGCUACGACUCAGGGGGCACGUUGAAGACGAGGACGCUUCAGCGCUAAAACUCGGGCCUGAAUUCAAUAAUGCGGGUUGUCUCUUGAUUUCGGAGGUGAAGUACCUCCUGGAGAACAGGGACAAGGAUGCACCUGAUACCGCAGUGUACAACAAGACGCUGGAAUAUGUGAAGACCUUUGCCAAGUUCAACACGACGGAUUCUGCCAGUGCUGUCCGAGAGACUCUCCGUAGGGAACCGGCGCUCACACAGUUCGAAACUGCUCAAAUUGCAAACCUAUGUCCUGCUACGGCAGAAGAAGCUAAGAGUAUUGUACCGAGUCUCGUCAAAAUCGACGACGACCGAUUACAGACGCUCUUGGAUGAAAUCCAAACGCUUCGCAAGUUCCAGACUUGACUCGGUCAUCUCUUUCUCUCUUUAUUCCCUAUCUUGUUUUCACAAAAAUCAUAUGAUGUAUAAAUGUAGCUGUUUCAUUAAUCCUAUCCGUAACUUUCAUCCCUCCAUCUCGUCCAGCUUGCCCUUACUAAGCCCCUCUUCCUCAUUCUCUUCGUCGGCUGCUUCGUCCCCAAUUAUUAAGGCACCUUCUUGCUUGAUAUCCGCCAAACUGGUGAUGUCGAACCGCUUCUUCUCCUUGAAAGGCCUCGGUCU